AUGUCAGUGAAUAAGAGUGAUCGAGAUUUCUUACGAUUUUUAUGGUGGAAAGACUUUGACAAGGAGGAACUUAGAGUUUUUAGACAUAAACGCGUUGUUUUUGGAUUGAAUUGCAGUCCCUUUUUAUUGGCUGCUGUAUUAAGCCAUCACAUUGAUCUAAAUUCGUCUAAAUAUCCUGAAACAGUGGAAAAUUUAAAAGAAUCAUUCUACGUAGGUAACUGCAUUACAUCUGUUCCUGAUGAAGAGACACUUACGCCAUUCAUCGAGGAAUCAAAACAGAUAUUAGAUUCUGCGACAUUCGAUUUGAGAGGGUGCGAGCACACUUCUCUCUUGAAAUCUGAAAACAGUAUAGAACCUACUCCUGUGUUGGGAAUUUUGUGGGAUAAGGAAGAUGAUAGCCUUUUCUGUGAGGUGAAGACUGCUACUUUCAAACCAGCGAAUCUUACUAGAAGAAAUAUAUUGUCUGAGGUACAUCGCAUUUUCGACCCCAUGGGUUUUCUCUGCCCUAUAACGCUAACACCUAAACUACUCAUACAAAAGACAUGGUUGUUAAAAAUUAGUUGGGAUACAAAUAUACCCGAAGACUUAGGAAAAGAGUUCUAUUCGUGGAUUGAUGAUUUGUCACUUUUAUCCAGUGUUAGAAUUCCAAGGGCUAUCAGGGCUUUAGAUUUAAAUGGAAAUGAAAGUCUUAGUCUUCAUACGUUCUGUGACGCAAGUAAACAAGCCUAUGGAUGUGUGAUUUAUUUAAGAAAAGAAACAAGUGAAAAUGUAUCGGUGUAUUUUCUUCUAGCUAAAAGUAGAGUGAGUCCAUUAAGGAAAAUGACCAUAAAUUGUCUAGAAUUAUUAUCCUGCUGUAUAGGAGUCAGACUCGCAGCUCUUGCUUUACAAACACUCAAAUUAGACAACGUUCCAAGGAACUAUUGGACAGAUUCGAGUACUGCUCUUUCUUGGAUCCAAAGAGAUGACCAUUGGGCGCCAUUUGUCGCAAAUAGAGUAAAAGAGAUACGAAAAUUGUCAUCGGAAUCUGAAUGGCGUCACAUUCCAGGAAAUUCGAAUCCAGCAGAUAUACCAUCACGAGGGUGUUCGAUUAAGAGUUUUGUGAAAUCUCGCUGGUGGCAAGGGCCAGAAUGGCUUAUGAAGAACGAGGAAGAGUGGCCAACUAGUGAAGUGAUUACUAACGAAGAAGAAAUUAUGAAAGAAAAGCGAAAGAACAUUAUUUCGACUCUGGAUAAUAUCGCCGCUGAAAAAUGGUAUCUGAUUUACUUUUCAAGUUAUUUUAAAAUUGUGAGAAUGAUUUCUUGGAUUCUAAGAUUCAUAAAUAAUUGUAGACAUGGAGGAAGAAAUCAUGGCAAAACCCUGAGUGUUGAAGAAUUGGACAUUGCUGAGAAGAAAUUAGUGAAGAUCGUUCAACAAGAAGUAUUCUCUAGUGAAGAACAGUUGAAGGGACAUUUUACUUUCAGAGAUGAAGAAGAGAUUAUAAGAUUGAAAACGAAGAUUUUGAGAAGACAUGAUGAUGAAAACUUCCGGUGCCCCAUUGUACUUCCAUCGAAACAUGAACUAGUAGAAAGAAUGAUACAAGAUUACCAUUUACAACUUUUACGUGCUGGUACUCAAGUUCGUUUGACCAAUAUUCGUCAAAAAUUUUGGAUAAUAAAAGGAAGAAAAACAGUACAAGGAAUCAUAUCGAAGUGCGUUCGGUGCAAGAGACACUCGGCGAAAGCUCUUGAUACAGAGCCUUGUCCUCUCCCAGAAGAUCGAGUCAGAGAUGCUUAUGCAUUUGAGGUGACAGGUGUUGAUGUAGCAGGACCACUUUAUUUAAAAGAAAAUAGAAAAGCUUGGAUCUUGCUUUUUACUUGUAGAGUUUAUCGUGCGGUUCAUUUAGAAUUAAUUGAAAGCUUAUCGACUAAUGGAUUUUUUUCUCGAAUUUAG